AAUUUUAUUUGGACCUAUUAGCGCACCAGUGGUGAUGUCGCUGAGUUUGUAACUCUUUGUUCCAUUCCGAAUACGUAUUUGGUCUUCCUCUCGUCGUCCUUGUCUUCUCUAUUUCUUCAGUCCCUCCUCGAUCGAGAUAGAGAGAGAGAGAGAUCACUCUCUCCUUCUGAGAUUCCAAUUCACCCCAACAAGCGAAGAUCAAUCUCUCCUUUUCUUCUUCACGAAGGACUAGGGUUCUGCCUUAAAGAUCUGAUUGGUCCUUUUGAUUCUCCAUCUAAGGGAGAAGAAAAAUGGGGAUUGUGUUUACUCGAUUGUUCUCUUCGCUUUUUGGUAACAAAGAAGCUCGGAUCCUCGUUCUUGGUCUUGACAAUGCUGGAAAAACCACAAUUCUCUAUCGGCUUCAGAUGGGUGAGGUUGUCUCCACAAUUCCAACAAUUGGGUUUAAUGUGGAAACAGUUCAAUAUAACAACAUAAAGUUUCAAGUUUGGGAUCUGGGUGGGCAGACAAGUAUCAGGCCAUAUUGGAGAUGCUAUUUUCCCAAUACUCAAGCUAUAAUAUAUGUUGUUGAUUCAAGUGACACUGAUAGGCUAGUAAUUGCCAAAGAUGAGUUUCAUGCUAUCUUGGAGGAAGAAGAGUUAAAAGGUGCUGUUGUUCUUAUUUUCGCAAACAAGCAGGUGCUUCUUAUUAUCCUUUCCUUCAUAUUUAUGACCGAGGCCUUAGCGUUGCAUAAGAUAAAAAACCGCCAGUGGGCAAUUUUUAAAACUUCUGCAAUUAAAGGAGAAGGCCUAUUUGAAGGUUUGGACUGGUUGAGUAAUACACUCAAGUCUGGAGGUGGCUAACUUUGGGAGGAAGGGACAGAAGCUAGAUGCAUGCAUUAUCAAAGCAAGAACUAACAUGGUAUCAUUAUUUCCUUUGUGUGAUCUGUGAUAGAGAUUUUUUUUUGUAAUGAGUGUUGUUACAUUUUUUAUUUUCUCACUAAUUUUUUAUUUUAUUUUUUUGGGAUAAAACUACUAAUAUACAUGUUAAGUUUUCAUUGGACAUAUAAUAUUUGGCCCAUUUUACUGUGUUGCGAAUCUCUUUUGGUA